AUUGAAAAUAACAUGAAGUAAAUGAAAAUGUCAUUCAGAGUUACUUGAACCUCAAAGAACAUAAUUUGUUGUUUUUUUUUUUUUGACAGGUUGCACCAUGAGCACUAUGCACCAGUGUAUCACACAUCUAAUCUACGGGCCCAUAGUCAAAAGCAUUGCACACUUUAAAAUAAUGUCUGAAACACAAGGAAGUGGGUAGGAAAUUAUUAUAUUGGAUUCUUAUCCAUCACUUUUAUUGCUGAAAAUUGCAAAGUAUGCAAUUUCAUAUGGUAUGUCCCAGGCUACGAAAUCACUUAUAAAAUAACGACCAAUAUUUUCAGCUGAUCAGUCGAACUAAAUUUUAUGCAUUCUGAAGCUUUUGCAAAAGGCUUUCUCAUGAUUCUGAAUGAUAUCCUGCUGCAUCCUCAUAGGAAAAUCUUGCCUUUGAUAUUCUGCUUUUUACACAUCUACUUCUUUAGUAUCAAUGCUGAUGUCACCCUGUUAGCUGAUAAUUGUGAUAGUAACGGCGAUUCUGGUAAGGUAACUGUGGAUAGAGGAUACACCGAAAAUGUCAAUAAGCUAUUGUCUGAUCUGUCCUCGAAAGCCUCAGAUGUCAAGUUUUAUAAUUCCACAGUGGGAGAUACGCCUACCCAAGUAUGCGGCCUGUUUCAAUGCCGGGAGGACCUAAGCCUACAAGUUUGCAGUGAAUGCGUUAGUGCUGCAGCUAAGUAUAUGAAUGAAAAGUGUCCUCUUUAUGAAUCCGCUAUUCUAUGGUAUAUGGAAUGCUCUUUAUGGCUCUGCAAUCGUUCCAUAUCUUUAGAGGACGUAACAAAACAUACUUUGUUUUGGGGCUCAUCUGUGGAUAUUGCGAAUCCAAGUCAGGUGAAGGCAUUACUGACAAAAACAUUUGAUGCCAUGAUCAAGGUUGCGGCUAAUGAUUCAUCUUCCGCUCAUAUUGCUAUGAAGGAAGCAAUCUUUCCAUCAUCGUCUGCUAGACUUUACUGUCUUGCAGAGUGUGCACGUAUUCUAGAUGGGUCUGAGUGUGCUAUCUGCUUAAAACAAGCCCUUAAUACCUCUGCACAUAAAUUCUAUAGAUCAGCUCAAGCAACCUUUCUUCCAGGCUGUCGAUUGAUGUAUAACACAAGUUUAUUCUAUAAUGUGAAUUACCUGUCGACGCCUUCCCCUAACUCAGCCUCACUACCUUCAAUCAAAAUCAAGUCCAGAGGGAAGCCCUUGGCAGCCUCAUAUAUUGGUGGCAUAGCAGCAAGCUCUGUAAUUGGAGCAAUAUUAUUUCUUUCCACUACUUGGUUUUGUUUGCGAAGGAGGAAAAUGAAAAUGAGAUUUCAGGACGUGCUUAAAGAAACAUCGAAUACUAAAUCCUUUUAUGGUAACAUUUAA